GACCUUUGAACGCGCCACACUGGGAGGGUCUUGUGAGUAUUGGAGUGCUUCUCGUUCACUCUGAUUACAGCUGCUUCAAGGAAAGGGCGGAAAGUAAAGAGGGAUACACGGAUCUCUUCUGUUUUCGAAAGCACACUCUUCUGACAGAGAUGGCUGCUAUCAGGAAGAAGUUAGUGAUAGUCGGGGAUGGUGCAUGUGGAAAGACCUGUCUGCUCAUUGUCUUCAGUAAGGACCAGUUCCCAGAGGUCUACGUUCCUACCGUGUUUGAGAACUACAUCGCUGACAUUGAAGUUGACGGCAAACAGGUGGAGUUAGCCUUGUGGGAUACAGCCGGUCAGGAAGACUAUGACAGACUGAGGCCUCUCUCCUACCCUGACACAGAUGUUAUUCUCAUGUGCUUCUCCAUAGACAGCCCUGACAGUUUAGAGAACAUUCCAGAGAAAUGGACACCUGAAGUGAAACACUUUUGUCCCAAUGUCCCGAUCAUCCUCGUGGGAAACAAGAAGGACCUUAGGAAUGACGAACACACACGCAGGGAGCUGACCAAGAUGAAACAGGAGCCAGUUAAGUCUGAAGAGGGCAGGGACAUGGCCAACCGCAUCAGUGCCUUUGGCUACUUGGAGUGCUCAGCCAAGACCAAGGACGGCGUGCGUGAUGUGUUCGAGAUGGCCACCAGAGCAGCACUGCAGGUCCGCAAGCGUAAGAAGAGGGGCGCCUGCGCGCUACUGUGAGGACGGACUGCCCCGACACUCAGAGCAAACUUAGAGAAACCUAAAAUCAAUGGCUUCCAUGGACUAUACUUACUUCACAGAUGCAGAUACGUCACAGGCAAAUAUGAAAGACUGACACACCUGUUUAAAGCAAAACAAAUCAACCUUUUUUUAAAAACUCUUUCCUCCGUUUCUCACUCAGUUAUUGCUUGUUUCCUCUUGUGUUUUUCUCCACCAGCACACCAACCUGUUUGUGCAAAGGAGCACUCUUUCCUCUAUAUGUAUGAAUGUAUGUUUGUAUUUAUAUGUGCAUAUACUUUACAAAUGUGUCAUGCAUCUGCCUCUGAGCUCUGAUUGUUUACAGAGGAGGGUCUCUCAGUCUACAUGCCCAGUGACUCCUCCUCUCAAAGCUAUGAGUUGCGGAUAGACUCAAAUUUGCUGCUUUCUUGGCUUCUCUUUAACUUGCACCUACCAGUUCCAGCCCUGAUCCUUCUUCUGUUAUAUAGUUAUACCACUAUUCGUUUUACAUCCCGAAAGCUCCAUUUCACCAAGUGCUGUGUCAGCAGAGCUCUGUUUUCCACCACUUUCUCUCGACACAAAAGACUAAAUUUAGAGCCUGUUCACUCUGCGUUUAUUCACUGAGACCUAUAUAGACUGAAUCAGCACUGACUAUUUGUAUGUAGAGGGUUUUGGACUGCACCUUGGUCUGUCCCUCCUCCGUGGCGAUGGCUUGAACUGGCACUGGAGACAGUGGCCUAUUGUUGUGGACACAAUACUUGUAGUUGCGGCUCUGAUAGACGUCGCCAACAUUUUCCCCAGCGAGUCCUGCCUCCUGUCUGAACUCGGUUUCAGAUCAGUAUCACUCGUGGCUGUGUACUGGAUUUUCCUGAGGAUGAAUGCACACUGUAUAACAGCCAUAUGGAUUAAAUAAUAUAGGUCUAAUAUGUCUACAGGUUUUUUAAUACAAUACACAACUGCCAACUAGACUAGCAGCUCAAACAGUCUUCAUCAAUACACCAUCUCCUGUCUCUGCCUCACAAAGACUAGUCGUCCUGUUUGCAUGUGACAGCCCUUUAUUUGACACUACGGGGACAUUCCUUAAAAUGUGAUUGAGUCAAAAUGCCAUGCCAUAGUUUCUCUUUAGUGGCCGUUAAAGAUCGAGAAGUAUCAACAGAGGGCAUGUGUUUUGGAAAUAGUGUCUUUUGGCUCUAAACUGACCCCUUAAUUCAAAAAUACUUUUACACUAAUGUGUCAUGUGCUCUUAAUGACCUGCAAUGUAACCAGAGCCAAGUUCGUCAUUGGUUAGAAUAGUUUCUAGAGAAAUGUAAUCUACUUCCUAACAGAAUUAAAAAUAAAUAAAUACUGAACUCUGCAGUUAGGAUUUCUUUCAAGGCAAAAGUAAAGAGCUGUAAUACAUGGUCUCUAUCCAGUUUUGCAUAGAAAGACCCGUAAACACCCUGUGUUUAUAUAUGGUGUAUUAAAUAGACCAUUCCACCAUCACAAGCUACAGCUGUGAUGAGCUUCUGUUUAUCCACUGCAUUCAGAUCUACACAGAUCAGUGUAGUGGGCCUCCGUCUUAAAUGUCAAACCCCAUAUUCCAAGAGAAAAUGUUGAUUGUGAUGAUGCUUUGUAAACAGGAGUGGGAUGUGUUGAAAAUCUGGAUGAGACAAACAUGUUAAUAAAGUAUUUUUGAAAUACUA